AUGGGCAAGAAGAAGAGAUCUGGCCCUCUGUCGCACGAGGAAAUCUGGGAUGAUUCCGCGCUGGUGCGGUCGUGGGACGACGCUGUAGAGGAGUACGAGGUCUAUCACAGCAUCCAUGCGCGCGGCGAGGAUGUUGAGCAGGUGUUGAAACGCGCAGAGGAAGAGGGCCGCCUCGACGAGGCUGGCGAGCCUAUGGAGACUGAGACCGCCGCGACCAAGUCCAGCGAAAAGGCUCCAUUAUCAGACGCACAGCCUGCAACGGCUUCAUAUUCACAGCCGCCGGCUGGAGCAGCCCCGGCCAUGCCCAGCGCGUUGCUCGGACAAGUGCAAGACCCAGCAUUGAAAAACCUCAUGAUGUCGUGGUACUUUGCAGGCUACUAUACUGGGCUCUACGAAGGACAACAGCAAGCAUCUCAAAAUGCGACUAAAUAG